UUCAAUUUCACUUUAAAUUUCAAUUCAUAAUCAACAGAGCAGAGACCUGGCUAGUACACUAUUGGAUAUUGAUAUUCUAAAUGUACAUCGCGUAACUGUGGUGGGAGACCAUGUGAUCCUGAUACUGGAAUCUGUGAACCAUGUCCACAUCGCUAUUACAACGACGGGGGAAUCUGUAAACCAUGCCCAGAUGAACAUUAUAUUAAUUAUAUGGGAAUCUGUAAACCAUGUAAUGUAAAUUGCAAGGAGAGUAAGUGCAAUAUUAAUGGUACAUGUAGAUAUGGGUGUAUUCCUGGAUUGUAUGGUACGUAUUGUCAGAAGUUGUGUAGUUCAAACUGUAAAUCCAACCUGUGUGAUAACAAGGGUAUAUGUGAUCAUUGUAAAGAUGGCUUCUAUGGUGAUAUAUGUGAACGUAUCUGUCCUAAUUGUAAGCCCGGUGGUUGUAAUAGGGAAAAUGGUGUAUGUAAAAAUGGUUGUAAAGAUGGAUUCUAUGGACGCGAUGGAACAUGUAUGAAAAGGUGUGAGAAUUGUAACCCUGGUGGAUGUCAAAUGAAUAAUGGGACUUGCUUUAAUGGGUGUAAGGAUGGUAUUGUUGAUGCAAGAUAUGGGAAUAAGUGCUCUACAUGUGACGAUGGCGGUUGUAAACAUGAUGGCUUUUGUAUUAAUGGAUGUAAAGAAGGUUUUUAUGGUAGUGACGGAUUGUGCUUGAGGGUAUGUCCUAACUGUCAACCAGGUGGGUGUAGUAAGGAUGAUGGUGUUUGUAAUGUUGGAUGUAAUGAAGGUUGGUAUACAGAUACAUGUGAUAGUAUGUGCAGUAGUUAUUGCAAGAGCGGGUGUAAUAAAACAGAUGGAUACUGUAAUGCAUGUUCUUUCGAAAAAUAUUAUGGAAUGUUCUGUAAUAUCGCUUGUAGUUGUACAUGUAGAGGAGGAUGUGAUAGAGAUGGCAUAUGUUAUAAUUGUACUGAGGGAUAUUAUGGUGAUAAUUGUAAGUUGGUCUGUAGUUCUACAUGUAGAGGAGGAUGUGAUAGAGAUGGCAUAUGUUAUAAUUGUAUUGAGGGAUAUUAUGGUGAUAAUUGUAAGUUGGUCUGUAGUUCUACAUGUAGAGGAGGAUGUGAUAGAGAUGGCAUAUGUUAUGAUUGUACUGAGGGAUAUUAUGGUGAUAAUUUUGGUCUGUAG